AGGACAGCAUCGUGUCAUGUCUCUUUGUCAUUUUAUCAUUUUCAUCGCUGUUUCUUUCCUAGUUUUAGUUGUGCUAGGGCAUAAUGUCUAUCUGACUGCUCGUGUGAUUGAGUUGGAGUCCUCUGUUACUACAAUAACAAAGUCUCUAUGCUCCAUGUCGCGUUGGCUGCAGCAGCAUGGUGGAGAUGAACUCGCACUUCAGAUUGAUUCUCUUUACGGUCCGACAAAUGUUGUCAAAACAGGCACUGAAUAUCACAAUAUUAAUUGGCAGCUUCGUGAUGUUGAAUUACUAACAAGAAAUCAUAAUUUGAAAUCCAAGAAGAUGAAAGAGAAAGUGCAAAAUGAGCCAUCUGAUGGAUACCAUAGAAGAACAUCUAGACAAAGUGAAACAGUUGGAAGAAAAGGUGACAAAGGUGACCGAGGUCCACUAGGUAGACAAGGCCCACCAGGAAACAGAGGACUGCGAGGGAUUCAAGGACCACCUGGACCACCUGGACCAAAGGGAGCAAGAGGACGAGGACAACCAAGCAACGUGCUUGAAAAUUGUGCUAUUCACUUGGAAGCAGAUGGAACACCUUCACAAAGAACAAAAUCAUAUACAUUUGUGAAGUGGAUAAAAUAUAACCAAACAUCAACACCCAACUGCCAAUGCAUGGCUCUCAUUGGGGACAAAACAGUGGACAAAAUUGAAAUUCAGCAAAGUGGCGUCUAUGUCAUCUAUGCUUCAGUUGGCAUUGACUGGGCUUGGAUUGAUCCUGGAAGCGGAAACUAUGAAACAAAUACGUAUGCCUACACAGGAUUUCAACUGAAACAUGUGUCAAUUAUUAAUGAGACUCUUGCUGAAACGAAGAUGCCAGUCAAUAUGACUAACGUAAUCACCAAGAACAACAAAGUAAAAAUGCAACUGACGCUUUACACAUCCAGAUUAGUAAAAUUACAAGCUGGUAACAGGCUGGCAGUGAUGACUACAACUGAUGCUGAGAUCCUAACUACUAAACACGAAACGUUUUUUGGUGUAUUUGGGCUCAUGCUCUCAAACAAGAAACAACUACCGAAAUGCAGACAAAAGACAUAAAGCAACACAGCAGACACACCUUAUGAUCAACCAUCACAACAACCAACUUUAAGGCUGCGAAAUAACACUGGCAACCCAACAAACUAAUAGACUUCUAAUCAAUGUUUAGUUGUUGUUUAGCAAUUUGACACCAUGACAGCUUUUAGACACAGUGAGUAGCAUAUAAAGGUAAUAAUACUACAGUACAUUAAAUUUGUUCAUUAAGUCAAUCAACAGCAAAUUGCUCUACUGGUGUAAAGUAGCCAAUUGCCAAUAUGCUAUUAUUUGCUAAUCAGUUGAGUCAUAUGUCUCAUAUAAUAUU